AUGAAGAAGAAAUACUCCGGCACUCUUCCCAUGCUGAAGGAAUUGUUCCCCGACUGGACCGACGAGGACCUCGUCUUUGCCCUUGAAGAUGCCGACGGUGACCUGGAACAGGCCAUUGAUCGCAUAACGGGAAGGCAAUGUCUCGCAAUGGGGGGAGAGGUCAAGAAGAAGACUGCAGACCGGCCCCGUCCCAAGCCCCAAGGAUGUACAGCCCUGCUCCCGCCCAGAAGACCCCGGCUCCUCCGGUCGGAGAAACCCACCGAGAGCACCGGUACGACUACGACCACGACCGUUGUGCCUGAAGCUACCAAGACCGAAAAGACCGUUAGUGCUCAGCCCGCAGCCGCCGAAGCGAUCGAGACUCCCAAGGAAGCUUCCAAGGACGUCCCGAAACCGAGUGGCGGCAACUGGGCGAGCCUCUUCGCCAAACCGGCUCCUCCCCCUCCUCAGCCUGUCCAGAAGAAACCCGCUCCGGCGCCCGCCCCUGUCCCUGAGAAGCCUGCGGCUCCUGAACCUACUCCGGCACAGAAAGCUCCCGAACCUGCUCCCGUUCCCGUUCCUGCUCCGGUCCCAGUCCCCAUCCCCGCUGAAAAGGCCCCCGAACCAGCCAUCCCUCAACCUACUGAAGCUCCCGCUCCCGCUCCUGCUCCUUCGACCGACGUCACUCCCCCCAAGGAUGAUUUGACGAAGAACAACCUUGCUCAGAUUCCCGAUGUCUCUCCUCCGGCUCCCACCGCCACCGCUGCCAGCACGGUCGGCAGCGCCCUUGAUGCCAACGCGGCUGCGGCCUCCACCCCCGCCCGUGGAGCGCCUGGCCUGUACCCGACCAGUGCCUUCAAGCACAGCGCUCGGGGACCUGGUGCCCAGCGUCGUGUGAUGGAACAGCAGGAAGCUGUUGUCAUGCCCGGCAACCACGCCGUCGACCGCGCGGCGGUGCAGUUCGGCAGCAUGGGUCUGAACGGUGACGCUGCCGAUGUUGAUAUCGACGAGAACCGCGAGGAUGCCGAGACUCGCGCUCAACCUCCCCAACACUCCCCCGUGGCACCCCGUGCCUCGCUUCCUCCUUCCACCCAGCCUCAGGCGUCGACUGAGACUCCCACUGUCUCUCGUCCUGCCCCGGGACUUCCUCCCGUCCCUCAGGCCUCGGCCGACUCCUCCUUCACCGACUUCGCCCGCUACACCGAUGCGCAGAAGCCUUAUGACCCGUUCAGCCAACAGGUCACUCAACCUCAGCCUCAGAUCCAGGAGCCCUUCGCCAACCAGGCUCCCGUCCAGCCCACCGUCACCACCGGCAGCGAGUACUCUCCUUUCUACACCAUGGACCAGCGUUUGCCCUACAACUACUAUGGCACCUACGGUCAGUCCCAGGAUGCCACCGGUACUCAGCGCGCUGCCGCUGGCUUUGGGCCGGUGUCGGGUGCGGAAGUUCAGCCUCACGUCCCCGCGACCCAGCCUCCCGCUGGCCGAUAUGGUCACGUUGACGCCCCGAACAGCGGUCACACCACGCCUAACCCCACCCUCCCCGGUGCGACCCAGGCUCCGGCCGCCCAGCACAUGCCGGGACAGGCCGCCUAUGGAUACAACUACCCCUACUUCUCGAACCCUCACUAUGCGUCGUACAUGAGCCAGAUGAACCAGCACCAGUAUGGCCGCAACCGCCCCAUGUAUGACGAUGCCCGGCGGUAUGACGAUCAUUACAUGCCUCACAGCCAGUAUGGCUACGGCAGCCAAUACGCCCCUUACGGCAAGGCGGGCAUGUACGGACAGCCCCACGCCUUCUCCUACGACCACUCCUCGUCCCCCGCGACCGCUGGCAGCUUCAACCAGGCGAUGCCUGGCCGUGAGACCAUGUACGGUCGGACCGGAUCGGCCCAGCCCUCGGAGAGCCAGCAGACGGCCGCCGGCUCUAACGCGUUCGGCGGCAGCAUGUCCGACGUCUUCGGCCGCUCCCAGGGCAGCUUUGGUCAGAACCAGCCCAUCUCGCAGCAGCCUCCCGUGACGACGGAAGAGACGAAGAGCUUUGACACUCCCAAGGCGGGUGGUCCCAGCCCGUCGCUGGCUCAGGCCAACCGGCCGGGCUCCGCCACGAACAGCGUCCCUGGCCAGCCCCAGGCGCAGACCGGACUGCCCCCGCUUCAGGGCCAGCAGGGCCAGCAGGGCUUCGGUGCUUACCCCCAGCUGAACCCCCAGUAUGGAGGACUGGGUUCUCUGGGUGGUCACCAGGCCGCGGCCACUCAGACCCAUCACCAGGCGACUGCCUAUGGUAACUACGGAGGAGCGGGAUUCGCCAACUACUACGGGAACACCGGACGUGGCGGCUGGGGAGGUAAUUACGGUCACUAA